AUGAGUGACAACACGUGGUCCUCCUCUUCCUCCUCCAUCAACUGGUCGCUUUGCAAAGGCGAACAACACGACAGCCCAGAAAAAGUCGGAAAGCCAGACGACGGCAUCUUCAGACACCCAGACCGCGACAGCCGCGAGAGGAAAACCCCGCAGAGCCGCAAACAAGCAGGCACAGACGGUGAAAGAACCCCCCACAGUGGAGGCAGUCAAAAUAUCUUCGACGAAGACAUCCGAAUGGACCCCGCUCCACCCCUCGAAAACCGGGCGCAACCACCGGACACGCUCAACCCGGCAAACACGGCCCCAACCGUACCAACAGGAGCCGCCCCGCCCAACACCAACAAUGCGGGCCAAGAAGGUGGAGCACUAGACCGCCCAAGACCACCCCAGCCGCAACCCCCGUUCACCCUACCCACCCCCGGGACGUUCGCUGGAGCGGAACCAAUCGGCACAAGUACCAAUCCCCACUUUGCCACUCAACCCGCUCAACAAGCCCCCCCAAACAAAAAAGACGGCAAACCGGCAUGCCAACGCAACCCCGGCUCCUGGCCGGAGGUCAUCUUGGACCUCGAGAACCUCAUGGCCCACAUCGACCCGGUCCAACGCGAGGCAAUCGAACGCGAUGAAACAGGCCAAAAUAUGCUCGUUGUAACAAGCCUCGGCGGGGACAUGUACAACCGCCUGAUGGAGAGUGCCGCAAAUGCAGCUCUGGUGAUCGACGCAGGCGACAGAGACGCCACACUCACCGACAAAAUUGCCAACGUCCUCCAAGCAGUAUCGGAAGCCGACAACCCUAUUCGCGUAUGGCUACCGCAAAGCAACGGAACACCGGCCAGAGGCGACAAAUACCACGGGGCGAGCAUUCUGGUCGCCGAAGUACCGACAGCGAGCCAACGCAACAAGAUAAAGAAACAACGCACGUUUGCAUGCACCAGCACCCUCGCAUUCCACGUCGUCCAAGCAUCUGAGUGCAGAGAGUCAUGGGUAGUUGGAGAAUGGCAAACUGGCCGCCAAGAAGAGCCGGAACACCAGAAAGCAUGCAUCCGAGGCGGCCUUUUCAGAGAAAUCACGCAGAGCAAAGACCUCAUGCAAGACAUCGACGCGAUGACCCAGGCGAGAGAAGGCUCACUCCCACUCCGAGCGACAUACUUCCUUGGAUCGCUACAUGCCGUCGUUACGCCGCACGUCAAAGACCCCCUCAUCACGGUGUACCUCAGCCCGUUUGGAGGAGGAACAAGCCAGCAACGAGCGGCAUUCCUCUCUAAACUCCGUGCGGUCAAGUUCUCAUUCGACGUCUAUCACUUCAAACCUAUGCGGAAGAGCGGAGAAGUCCCCAAUUGCCCCAUCUGCAAACUCGCAACAUUCUGGUGGGGCCCGACCCAGACCCUCGGCGAACACACCGAAGGCCCGCUCGCCCUAAACAAGAGAGGCAGAUCGGAACGGGGAAGGGGUGGACGAGGUGGCGCCCCACGCGGCCGUUACGUAAACAGAGGCAGCCGAGGAGGGUACAAUAGUCGCAGAUAA